CGAAAUUAAACAUUUUUAUCAAACAUGAGAAAGUCUUUUUUCACACGAACAAAGGUAUUUCCUUGGAUAACUAAUGCCACGCUAUACGGAUGUUUGUUUGCGGGUGGUGAUUUUGCGCAUCAGUGUCUUGCGCAGAAAGAUGAGAUUGACUGGAGGCACACGAGAAACGUGGCGCUCGUGGCCCUCAGUUUCCAAGGUAACUUCAAUUACUUUUGGUUAAGGGCCUUGGAGCGUCGUUUCCCUGGAAGAUCGGCUGGUAUGAUUUUCCGCAAACUGCUUUUGGAUCAAACUUUUGCAUCACCGUUGGCGACCAGUGUCUUCUACACAGGUGUGAGUUUCUUAGAAGGCAAGGAGGACAUAUUCGCAGACUGGCGAGAAAAGUUUUUUAACACAUAUAAGACCGGAUUAAUGUACUGGCCAUUCAUGCAGUUUCUGAAUUUCGUUCUGAUGCCUCUAUAUUUGAGAACAGCAUUUAUGGGCUGUUCAGCAUUCUUGUGGGCCACAUUCUUAUGUUUCUCACAUCAAAGUGGAGAUGGGACAGCAGCGUUGGCAUUAGCCUGUGUCAUGGCACCCAAAAAAUCACUUCUAGCUCGAAAUAAUGGUGAAGAAAAAUAGUGAUACAGUAGCGCACAAUAAAUGCUGUGCCUUUGCAGAUUGGCUGUUCUGUUUUACACUAGUGUAUUAAGGUUAUGAUCUGUAUAUAAACCUUAUCAGGUAUCUUUGAAUGAUAAUAUGAAUUAUUUUUAUGUCUAUUAAUGCUGAAAUAAAACUGUUGAAAAAUUCUGUAGAAAUUAUAAUUGUAUUAUUUACUGGCAACAGUUUGUUCAAAGUUAAAUGAACAUUAACAAAUAGCCUUUACAUAAUAAAACUAUUAAAUAACAGCAUCAUGCAAAGCAUUCUGGGAACCAAAAUCUGAAGGAAAACUGAAAAGGUUAAUG